AUGUUUAAAAAUACAUAUCAAAGUGGAUUAUUAUCAAUAUUUUACAGUUGUGGCUCAAAUCCACUAGCAAUAUGGGAUAUGGAAGUGCAAAAUGGGCACAUAAAACGACUAACUGAUAAUGAGGUAAAUUCUAUAGUUCUCGAGAUUGUAAGCUCAAAUGUGGCAACAACUUUUAUAUCAUGCCCGAAGAGAAAUCAAGUGCUGGGAAUACGGCUUCCAUUCCUUGUAAUGAUCGUCAAAAAUUUGAAAAGAUACUUUUCAUUUGAAAUAACUAUUUUGGACGACAAAAAUAUGAGGAGACGAUUUAGAAUUUCAAACUUCCAAUCCACAACGAAGAUAAAACCCUUUUGCACUACUAUGCCAAUUGGAUUAUCUAGUGGAUGGAAUCAAAUACAAUUCAAUCUGGCAGAUUUUACUAGACGUGCUUAUGGCACUCAAUUUAUAGAAACGCUUCGAGUUCAAGUACAUGCAAACGCUCGACUUCGAAGGAUUUAUUUUAGUGAGCGACUGUACACUGACGAAGAGUUACCUCAGGAUUACAAGUUGUAUUUGCCUUUAGAACGCAAGUUAAGGAAAACAAAGCCUGAAAAAAAAGAUAAUGUCAAAGCCGUCAAGUCGGCGCCUCUACAACAAUCAGCAGAAGAAAAAGCAGAACCACCACCAGAACAAGUAGCGGUUUCAGUACAUGAACCACCUAAAGAACUUGAGAGCAAAGUAAGUGCUGCUACAGUGACUCCGACAAUAACUGAAGCAGGAGAUGAAAAAGCAGAAGUUGAAGGAGUGCCAGUUGGUCCCACUCUAGAUUAUGCACAAGAAGCUACUUUCGAACCAGCUCCAGAAGGCACCGAUGAAGUUGAAUUUAAAGAAGAACUACAAGAUUUUGAACCUCAAGCUACUUCAGAGCCUGAAGUUCAAGCCGAGGUCGAGGAAGAAGGUGAAGAAUAACAGUAGACAGUUAAUUUUAGAUUAUUUUUAUUUUAUGGA